UUACGAACAGAGUCGCCGUAGAUUCAGUCCGAUUUGGAAGUGCAGAAAUUUUGUAGUGUCUGAUCAGUAGAGAAUUUUUUAAACAAAAUAAAAGAGAAAAGUGUUAUUUAAAUAAAAGUAAAUUAUACAUUCACAGUUGCAAAAACGUGCAGAGUGUAAUUGGUUUAAGAUAAAAUUGUUAUCGUGUGUUUAUAGGCAGAUGUGUUCGUUUAAUUUUCCUGUAUCGUGUAUUUGAUUCAAAAACUUUUAUUCGGCGUUUUAUUUACAAUGUUGGGUUUGUUUAAGGUUAACGAUUAGCUUGAAGAAGUUAAUUUUGUGAUUGAUUUGUGUAAUUUUCAAUGCCAAGAUUAAAAAUAUAAAUCAAUUUUGUGGCGUGUAAGCUACAAAAAAAAGUAAAAUAAAACAACCGCAGACUAAGCGGAAAAGAAGAAAAGAAAAUGAGAGAAAAUUGAGCACACAGUUUAUUUUGUAUCUCUCGUCGAAGUGUAAAAGAGUCAGAAAAACUGAGUUAGAUACAUUAAUUUCAAUAUAUUUCUAAUAAAAUAUUAUCUUAUAAGUAGACAACUUGGUUUUGUCUAAACAAAUAACAAAGAAGUGAAUUACCUGGUAAAAAAAGGAGUGUCGGUUGUUGCAAGGGAAAACUGCUAAAGAAAUCAAAACAAAACGGAAUGCGAGAAAAAUAAAUGGAAGACAAACAAAAAUAAAGGGGAAAAAAUAAACAAUUGAGAGUAUUGAUGUAUUAUUGGUUUUCGUUUUCGCACAAUAGUACGUGAAGCUAAUUGCGCAACGCUGGCUUAUUUGGACAACAAUAAAACGGCACGUACAUACACAUAACCACUGCAUCAGUAGCUACAACAACCACACCGCAGAGAAGACACUUGACUUAUUAUGCAUUGACAAAAGUAUGGACUCAUUACAUAUGACGCGUACUGCUGGUGGUAGUGGUACACAAUUAUCGUCAUUACUCUCAACCUCAACAGCAGCAACAGUAACGAAUAGUGCCGCAACAACGCCAGCGAAAGAUCAUUAUAAUAACAAUUUGUUGUUGCUAAGUCGAGUCGCAGGAAGUGGACAGUUGCGCACAAGUAGAUCUCCAUCAGACACACGCAGUUCCGAACAAAUGUCACGUGAACGAAGUAAUCGCGGUGAUAGCACCGAUUCGGCGGGCCAGCACGACCGUUUGGCUUUCAGCGGCACAGCGCUAUCAGCGGUGACGUCCUCAACGGCCGGAUCGACGGUGGUCGGCACCACCAGCACACUGGGCGGCGCCGGCGCAUCGGGCACUUCGCUCGCGACCACCACAUCGACGGGCGGUGUCAGCAGUUACGGCAGCAGCACUAUGACCGGUUGUAUCGGCAGCGGCAACAGUGGCGCCACUGUCGCCACAUUUCGCGGCUUCCGUAGCCACUCGCCGUCGAGUCGACGCAGUCGCGAACGCAGCCGGCGCGAAUUCCAGCGCACACAUGGCUCCGAUCAGGGCGGUCUGUUGGCCUACAGCGGCCUGAGCGGUUUAAGUAUUGGCGGAAUCAGCAGUAGCGGUGUUGGCAUCGGUGCGGGGGGCGUCAGCGGCGGCGGCUUCAUAGUGGGCGGUGGUGAUGGUAGCACACUGGAUGGUAUGGGUGGCAUUGGCGCCGAGGAUUCACGUCUUUCAGGCAACGAGGAUCUCUGCUAUCAGUCGUUCGCUUCCGAUGAACAGGAUGGCACACAAGUGGGCGCGGAUGGUAGCAAGAAACACCAUCGUCGACAUGAACGUACCUCCAGCCUGCAAGCGCUCGAUCGUCUCAACACGAAAAUCCAAUGUACAAAAGAGUCAAUACGGAAGGAACAAACAGCCCGAGAUGAUAACGUGAAUGAAUAUUUGAAGUUGGCGGCCAGUGCUGAUAAGCAACAAUUACAGCGAAUAAAGGCCGUCUUCGAGAAGAAAAACCAGAAAAGCGCACACAGUAUCUCACAGCUACAAAAGAAACUUGACAACUACACGAAGCGGGCGAAAGAUCUAACCAAUCAUCAAUUCGCGAAUAAAAGUCAGCAUCGCCAACCGCGUGAAGUGUUACGUGAUGUGGGCCAGGGCUUGAGAAAUGUCGGUGGCAAUAUACGCGACGGUAUUACCGGCUUUUCUGGUUCGGUGAUGUCUAAGCCGCGUGAAUUCGCACAUUUAAUUAAGAACAAAUUCGGUAGCGCCGAUAAUAUUAAUCAAAUGUCAGAAACUGAAAUCAACAACAUUAACAUGCCCGUCAAUGCUGAACUGAUUGGCAGUUCGACGCCGAGCAAUAAUAUAGCGGCCACCUCCACCGGUUCGGGUAACACUGGUGGCGCGGGUAGCGGUAAAUUUAAUAGCGAUAACGGUAGUGAAUGCAGCAGUGUCACCAGCGAGAGCAUACCAGCCGGCUCUGGCAAAAGUCAAUCAGGCGCGAGUCAAUAUCAUCUUGUGCUCAAAUCGCUGUUAACAGAAUUGGCUGAGCGUAAAGAUGAAAUCGAAAAACUAAAAGAGCGCGUUGAAAGACUAGAGACUGCACAAAAGGAAUUAAACAGUUUAACUGCAACGCUAGAAGGUGAACGGUACCGCGCCGAAAGUUUAGAGGAGCAAAUUAACGAUUUAACCGAACUGCAUCAGAACGAAAUCGAGAACCUAAAGCAAACAAUUGCCGAUAUGGAGGAAAAGGUGCAAUAUCAAAGUGAUGAGCGACUGCGCGACGUUAAUGAAGUACUGGAAAAUUGCCAAACGCGGAUAUCCAAAAUGGAACAUUUAUCACAACAGCAGUACGUGACCGUCGAGGGUAUAGACAACUCGAAUGCACGAGCGCUCGUCGUCAAGCUCAUUAAUGUCGUUUUAACCGUAUUACAAGUGGUACUGUUAUUGGUGGCGACGGCAGCAGGCAUUAUAAUGCCGUUCUUGAAGACGAGAGUGCGCGUGCUAACGACAUUCUUAUUUAUAUUCUUCAUUAUAUUUGUGAUACGACAAUGGCCGGAUGUGCAAGACAUCGGCGCUGGACUGAUGCGACACUUAAAGGAAUCACUGGUUGUCAAAUGAAGUAUGUAAACGGCGCGCUUGUAAACAAACAAAGCAUAAACGUAGACAUAAGCACACAAUGAAAGUGAAAGGCGAAAUACAGAAAUAUGCUGGCAGCAGACAGUAACAGCAGCAAUACAUAUGUAUGUAUACGCGCGGGUGUAUGUAGCAGCAAUUAGUUAUACAAAUUUUGUUAAUUUUGAUUAGCUGUUAGUGUCAUUAGAGAAAUAUGGAAAACAAUAUGCAAAUAAAUUACAAUGUUAAAUACUAUUAUAUAAUAUAAUAAUACAUACAUAUGUAUAUCUAGAGAGUAACGCUAUAAAUUAGGCCUAAAAGCACCCGUCUUGUAUAGCUGCACUCUACUGGAAGCGUGGUUUAAUGUGAGGUGCGCGUCUAGCAAAGAUUUACACGUGUGACAUAUUAAACUAUAAUAUAUUAAUUUCCUGUUUAAGUACAUACAAUAUUAGCGCCACUACAAAUUUAAAAGAAAAUACUCAUGUGUAAUUAGAAAUUCUUUGAAAUACAACAAAUACGAACAUAAAGUUGAUUUACAGUUCUUGUGGGAAAUGUUAAGUUUAGUCGGAUAUACAUGUACAUUUACACACACUUUGACAUUGAUUUUAAAAAUAAUGACUCAAUUUUCACUGUUUCACUGUGCGAUUAGUUUAGUUUUAUACUCAAAUGCGCUCAUUUUUAUGCCACACUCACACACACACAUUGCAAAAUUUAACCUAUUUUAGGUGAAGCUUAAGCUUUAAAUGUUCUUCUGCCAUUUUUUAAUAUCUCAAAUAUUUUUUAAACAAUCUAAACUGCAUUUUUGCGCCAACAACAAUAACCUCCAUAAACCUUUGUUCUGUAAUGUAAUGAUAACAACAAAGUUUUGAAGAUAUAGAUUGAAAACUUACUAAGUUACUUUAUAUACAUUUACUAAUUCUAAAAUUACUUUCAAAUAUGUACUACACCAUAUUCAGCCUACGUUUUUCUACCAAGCAUAAAUAUAAAAACUGAAAAUAUCAAAAUGUAAAUUUUAAUAGCCAAAAACUUAUUUUAUAAAAUAUUGAUUAUUAAAUUAGUGUUUCAAAUUCUUUUAAGCAGUCACUUUAAAAGCAAUUUCAAAAAUAAUUUUUUAAAUACUAAUGUAAUGUACAGCUUAUAAAAAAGUUUUGAAAUUCUAAAUUUGGUUUUUAAAAAGAAUAUGAUAAAAGUGGAAGCAAAUACUAAAAAAAAAUUGAAAAGGAUUUCAAUAAUAUUUUUUUAAUAUUAAAUAUUAAUGUAAUAUAUAAAAUAAUAUAUAUAUAUUUAAUAAUAAAAUAUAUUCAAUAUUAAUAAAAAUUUGUAUAAUAUAUAUGUAUAAAAAUAUUCCUAAAUUUUGCUGUUUUUUAAUUUUUUUUUGAGUAUAUACUUUCUUUUUAAGUCUAUUCUAUUUGAAAACCAAAAGAAUUUGCCUAUUUCAAAACUUGUUUAUAAAUUUCGAUGCAAUAGUAAUUGAAAAAUAAUUUGGUGACCUCUUCACUUUAACAGAGAAACAAAUUGUUAAAUAUCUCAAUUCUAGCUCGCAUUUUUUUUUUUUUUUUUUUAUAUUUACAAUAUUUGUAUAAACAACAACAAUUAAAUAUUAAGUUGGUUUGUUUGUAUGUCAAUAAUGUCUAAAAAAAAAACUAGAGUCUAUUUUUUAAAACCGGCCACGCAAAGUCGCUGAACACACAAACGCAAGCGUUGUCGAAAGGCUGACCAAAAUUGUUUAAAACAGUAAGAAAAGAAGGAUUGUCACAUUUAUCAGUGAGUGGUAUUGUUAAUAUGUAUAAACUACUAUGGUGACUGCUAUGGUAUUUGACUAGAAUGAAAGAACAACUAAUUGAAAUAGGAAAGUAUAUUUUUUUAGCUAUUCGAGCUACAUUAGUCUAUAUUUUAAUAUUGUAUAUUACGUACAUUUAAAUAUUAAAAAUUAUGCGGAAUUUAGUGCAGUUUUCACAAUUUUAAUCGAUAGCUGUUAGUUAUAGUGAGCAUUAAUUAUGCCUAAAUGCAUUAAAUUUCACUAUUUUAGUGUAAUUUUCGAGAGUAAAUGAAUUACAAAAAAAAAAAACACACAUAAGAUAUUUUACAAUUCACAGUUUUUGUAUGUUGUAUUUAGGUGAAGUGGCGAGUGUGUGAAGAAAAAAUGGGUAGAUUUGAUUUAGAGUUUGCGUAAAGGGCCUAAAAAGUUUAGUUCUUCAAGAAAAAAAAACUCGCAUGAAAUAAUUUUUUACGACACUAAGUAUUUGUAGCGUCAUUAUUUUCUUAUGAUUAAAAAAGAUAUCUCGAAAACUGUAAAAGAAAAAUGUAGCAUAUUGAAUAUUUAAUGAAAAUAGUUUUUAUUCAGCCCAACUACGAAUAUCCACAAACCUUAUUGAAUACCAACUUUAAUUACAUACUACACACAUACAUUUUAAUUAUUAUUUUUUAUUACUCUUUGUAUUACAAAAACAUAACUAUGAAUGAAAAAAUGAUAAAUAAUUAAAUGAAAAUUUAUAUUAAAAUAUAUUGAUCUGAAUAAACGGAUAAAAUGAUACUAUACUCUA